GACUGGACAUUGGAAUAACCAUUGGCGGUCAUGAGCAACUCUGUAAUGCUACAGUGCAUGUUGGGGUGAAGGGAACUAUCUAUCGCAACUACGGCAGAUGUUGACAGCUUUCUCGAAUGCCGCCGGGGUUGGCUCUACCGAACUGCUCGUUUUUUCGGUUGACUCUUCUUCUGCUGUGCUCUUAUUCGACGAAGACGCUGCCUUCUCGUAUUGUGCUAGCACUCCUGCGCUGACCCGAAGUGUCACGAUCCGAGACUUUGGCGCGCCAGCAGAGGUCUCAUCGGGGCAAAGAAGUGACGAAUUAUUUUCAGUCUUUCGAGCUUUGCUGAGAGGACUGUUCGGUCGCUCUUUUCUGAAUCCACGCAGCUACUCUCUGAUUCGUGGCCGAGUUCACCGGGAUAACCGGCUCCGCCCACGAAGUGGAUUGGUCGUCUUCGGCAGACGUAGACUCGGCGGUAGUCUGUAUGACCGCUUUAGCAGCCUCCUUAGCCGCUGUGUUGAUCCAGUUGCCACUGCGUUUUUGUUGCUCGUGGAAGGCAAGCUGUGCGAUGGAAUGUGCUGCACCGGCCAUCCAACCCAAAGUUCGUGCCUUGUGUCGAAGUAUCUGCUCCAUAAGAUAUCUGUUGGAGAGAUCUUCUUGCAUUGCUUCCUCGUCCACGAUCUUAUCAACGUGCCUUCAACGAUUUCUUCCACGAUCUCCUCGACCUCCGGGAUUAGAGACCCUUCCUCGGGCUUCGGGGCAUCCAAGACUGUCUCCGGUGCAGACGUUGUGUCAUGUGCAGCAAGUUGCUUGCUGGACACCUUAUCCUCGGCGUUCCCGACACUUGGCAUGACAUCUUCGCGGCUUCUGUCGGGAGUCUUGAGGGUUGAAGGUUGAAGGGCAGGGCACAGUACCUGGGAUCUGAGCCGGCACAUGUUCCUGCGAUGAGCUAUUCCUGGAUGGAUUCAAACACCACGUCUUCCAUCGCGUCGCCAUCUGUAAGCCGAUCAACCUGCUCCCCCGCUCCUUGAAUUGAGCUGGGCUGAGAUGGGUGAGAAUU